GCAACCAAACCAGCCGAAGCUCUCACAGUUGAGACUAGAGUAUUGCUCUUAAUAUUAAUAUGAAGUGGAUGUCUAUGGUCUUCGUUUUGGGUCUGUUGGCUUUGGCCAGUGCAUCCCCGCUGACGCCGGGAAACGUUAUAAUAAACGGAGAUUGCCGUAAUUGCAAUGUGCAUGGGGGCUAAUGUGGAGAUGAUGAUGAUAAUGAUGUGUGAUGCAGUGGAUGGAAUGGCCAAGCGAAUAGCUAAAUAAACUGCACCAGAAAUUAA